CUCCCACCCACCGCGGCCCCGCGCCGUCGCCCUGGCGACGCGGCAGAGCGGGCCGGUGGCGGUUGGCGGGCGGGCCGGGGGCUCGGCGGCGGUUGGGCGGGCGGCCGCCCGGCUGGCACCGCCCGGCCGGCACCGCGAUCUGUGUGAGAAUGGCCAUGUUCUGUCUCUUGAACUUUAUAUCUGGAUCUCAAAGUAGCUGUAAUUUAGAGGAGACUAGUGAAUGUCCUGCUCUGUUAUGAAAAGACAUUUACCAACAUAAAACAGUCUGGAAGAAAAUUUGUCUGAGAAAAUUGAAGAGCAGAGAAUCCUUUAACAAAACAGAAGACAUUCAAAAUUUCAUGAGCUUUUGGCUAUCUGAGUCUUCAAAAAAAGAAAAAUGAACCGUUACACAAUCAUGAAACAACUAGGUGAUGGCACCUAUGGCAGCGUGUUGAUGGGGAAGAGCAACGAGUCAGGAGAACUUGUGGCUAUCAAAAGAAUGAAAAGAAAGUUCUAUUCGUGGGAUGAAUGUAUGAAUUUGAGAGAAGUCAAGUCUCUGAAGAAGCUAAAUCAUGCCAAUGUAAUAAAAUUGAAAGAAGUUAUACGGGAAAAUGACCACCUUUACUUUGUAUUCGAAUAUAUGAAGGAAAAUCUCUAUCAGUUAAUGAAGGACAGAAACAAGUUGUUCCCCGAGUCGGUCAUCAGAAACAUGAUGUAUCAAAUAUUACAAGGGCUAGCUUUUAUCCAUAAACACGGGUUUUUUCAUAGAGAUAUGAAGCCUGAAAACCUUCUCUGUAUUGGACCAGAACUUGUGAAAAUAGCAGAUUUUGGUUUGGCUAGAGAACUAAGAUCUCAGCCACCUUAUACAGAUUAUGUUUCUACCAGGUGGUACCGAGCUCCUGAAGUUUUGCUAAGAUCAUCUAUUUAUAGCUCACCUAUUGAUAUGUGGGCAGUUGGCAGCAUAAUGGCUGAGUUGUACACACUAAGGCCUCUUUUCCCAGGCACAAGUGAAGUAGAUGAAAUCUUCAAAAUUUGCCAAGUAUUAGGGACUCCGAAGAAGAGUGACUGGCCAGAAGGAUACCACCUUGCUUCUGCCAUGAAUUUCCGUUUCCCACAAUGUGUCCCUAUAAGCCUAAAAACUCUGAUCCCAAAUGCAAGCAAUGAAGCAAUACAGCUUAUGAGUGAUAUGCUGAACUGGAAUCCAAAGAAGAGACCUACAGCCAGUCAGGCUUUGAAGCACCCUUACUUUCAAGUUGGCCAAGUUUUAGGACCUCCUCCACAGUACCUGGAGAAGCAGACUCCUAUUAAACCAGUUCAGCCAACAGAGCCAAAGCCAGCUUUACCUAAACUGGAAGCUGUAUCCAAGCCAGAAGCUGUAUCUAAGCCAGAAGCUAUAUCUAAGCCAGAACCUCUGUCUUCACCUGAUGUACCUGACAAAACACAGCCACAGCCCCUGUCAAAGGUUAACCACCAGCCUCUCCAGCAAAUUCAGUUGCCUCAGAAUACAGCUAACCAGCAAGUACCAAAACAGCAGCAGCCACAGGCACAGCCGUUUUUUCCAACUAUCAUUAAAAACUCCUCCCCAAAACAAGCAGCUAGUGGCUCUCAGAAUGGUGCAGGUCCUAAAAGCUGUAGAAGACGAUGGGGUCAGACAUUGGUAAAAGCUGUGGAUAGCUGGGAUGACUUGGAUGACACCGAAUUUGGGAUGUCAUGUUCAAAGAAGCCUAGCAUUGCACUGUUAAAAGAAAAGAAAAACAAAGAAUGUCUUUUUAGCGUGCCAGAACCAAAAGCGUCAUGCUAUAUCCAGCCAGGAGGGGAAAAUAAGGUUCUGAUGACAAAUGAUUCUGGAAGAUCAAAUUCAUCAGCAAAACAGUACUAUCUAAGACAAUCAAGAUAUCUACCUGGUGUAAACCCUAAGAGUGUCUCUUUAAUAGCAGUCAAUAAAGAAGGAUCACAUGGAACCUGGAACUACCAGUUGUUUCCUAAAGCAAUGGCACAUACUGGAGGAGGAGUGACCUUCAACAGAAAUACUACAGAUGAGAACUUAAUUAUACCUAUUGAAAAGCUAUCAUGCAAAGAAAGGUUGAAUGAAAAAUUAGAGGAUCCAAAAGGAAAUCCUGGCUUUGUAAGUGGUGCCGCUUACAACCCAUCAGGAGUAUAUAUCCCUUCCUUUCAUAAAAAAGAAGUUGGAUCAGCCGGACAGCGGAUACAGCUAGCUCCUCUUGGUGCACCUGUGUCAGAUUAUUCCUGGAAAACCAAAGCUGCCCGUGCUCAGUUACCAGGUCCUACCUUCAAUUCAGCAGCAAAAAAUUUGACCGUUUUAACUCGCCCACCAACAAUUCAGCCGGUACAUGGAAGAACAGACUGGGUGGCCAAAUAUGGAGGAAACAGAUAGAAAAUGCCAUCCUAUAUAGAUAAUGUGUGAGCUAUGCUCGGUUCUCCUGCACCAGAAACCUGAAAUGCCUGUUUGCUCUCACUUUUCCUAAGACUAUGCAACAGUAAAGGAGAAGAAAAGCCCUUGUGUUCCAUUACCUGUAUAAUACAUAUAAUACCCUGUAAUAUAUUGGCUAUAAAGUAGGAUAUAUUGAAAUAUUGUAUAACACAUUGCCAAAGCUACUGAAAAGUAGAUUUCGCUCAACAUUUUUCUGCAGAUCUCCUAUCCUCAUACUCUUAAAACAACUGUUACGGUUGUUUGCCCAGUACAACGUCCACUGGCAUUUCAAGUACACAAGCAGCUAGAAGCAGGGCUAAAGCAGAGCAGCACCAGGCUUUCAGGUGUUAGGCUGGUUCCUUACCAGAAAGAGGAGAGUGAAAGCACAGAUGGGGCUUUGUAAAGAACCCCACGCUCUCAUACGUGGAUGUCAGAACUCACUUGUACCUUGGAGUUACUUAGGGGCUGUAAUGUGCAAAUAUUCAUACUAGCAAUGAGAACCUAACUUCUUGUAGCACUGAUAAAUACUACAUAGGGAAGGUCUAAAGAUUUGGCCCAUAUACAGCUAUAGAAUGAUAUAGCAAUAGUGGAUAAUAAACAAAUACUGAAUGCUAGACUUACUUACCAAGCUGUAGUGAAGCCUAAAAAUUAGAGUCUACUGUUACAAUUAAUUAUGACCAUUUUUGGUCAAAGAUCUGUGGAGAUUUAUAUCUCUCCUGUCAAGGGAGUGUCACAGUGGCAUUUUAAGGAACCUGAAUCACUGUAGUCUGUCAGUCAUUUUAAGGGUGAAUUAACUUAGAAGGCAUAAAUUAUCAGUGAAGAGGCAGCUGAGGGGAGACCUUAUCGUUCUCUACAACUACCUGAAAGGAGGCUGUACUGAGGUGGGUGUUGGUCUCUUCUCCCAAGUUACUAGUGAUAGAAUGAGAGGAAACGGCCUCACGCUGCAUCAGGGGAGGUUUAGAUUGGAUAUUAGGAAAAAUUUCUUCAAAGAGUGGUCGGGCAUUGGGACAGGCUGCCCAGAGAGGUGGUGGAGUUGCCAUCCCUGGAGGUACUUAAAAGAUGUGUAGACAUAGCACUUCAGGGCAUGGUUUAGGAAGCAUGGGGUGUUGGGUUGAUGGUUGGACUUGAUGAUCCUACAGGUCUUUUCCAAUCUUAAUGAUUCUAAACUCCUGUUUGCACAAGUCUCUACUGGGUGAUCAAACUAAACUACAGAAGUUGAAUAAGCUACCUGAGGGAGGAUAUUGGGCUGCUCUUCAAAGAAGUUGCUUUCUGGUUUAGAGCGUAAAGGCCAAGUUAGGUACCUGAAAACACACACAAACUUUACGUUUGCAAUACCUCACUGUUUAUAUGUUUAUACAUUCAGUACUUUCCCUGGCAUCUUUCCUAAGUUUUAUAGUAAUAUCCUGCAAAGGACCUUGCAAUGUACAAUAAAGUCUUUUUAGCAUGUU